AUGACUAAUUUCAACUCAUGGGAGGAGUUUGCGAAGGCGGCUGAGGUUCUUUAUUUAGAAGACCCUUCAAAAUGUCGUAUGUGUACAAAGUAUAGACACGUGGACCGAAAGCUUGUAGUUAAAUUAACAGAUAACCACACAUAUGUCACAGAUAUGGCUCAAGACGUCAAAAAAAUUGAAAAAUUGACGUCCCUGCUUAUGCGUCAUAUGGCUUCAAAGGAGAAAUAA